AUGGCUGAGGAGGUCUAUCAGGUAUGGCAGGAAGGAGAAUGGCAGGAGUACAAGGGAAGGAUCCCACUUGAGGAGGAAGGACUCAUCAGGGCCAAGGUCAGGAUGACAGGCAAGACCAGGAUGGAGGACACCUGGGACAAUGGAAGGGAGGUUCAGUUCACCCGGAAGCAAAGAAGGAGGCUCCAUCAGGAUAUGGAGGUACUCUAUCAAAAGAGUGCUGGAGUUACACUGAGCGAGGUGUACUCCCCUCCAAGGGUGACGAAGGUCUGCCGGGAGAAAGGUCUAAAGACAGGCCAGGCAUAUGAUCUCCUGAGCGGAUGGGACCUCACUGACAAGGCCCAACGGAAGAAGUUUUGGCAGAGCCUGCGGGAGGAAGACCCAAUGGUUCUACUCAUAUGCCCGCCAUGCAAGGCAUUUUCCAUACUCCAGUCCCUGAAUUUCAGAAGAAUGGGAUUUGACUCAGCCUUUCAGCUGGUACAAAUCGGGCUGGAGCACUUGCAAUUGGCGAUGGAGCUGAUCAAAUGGCAGGUGAAGAGAGGAAAGUAUGUCAUCUUCGAACAUCCACAUGGAGCUAGAUCUUGGCAGGAACCAGAAAUGCAGGAGAUACAGCAGAUGCCAGGCAUGAUCAGAACCCGCUGUGACAUGUGCCAGUAUGGCAUGAAGGUUGAAGGAGAGGCCUUCAACCAAAAGCCCACAGGCAUUCUUACCAAUGGACCGGAGAUAGUGCAGCAGCUCAGCAGCAAGUGCACAGGGCAACACACACACCAGCAACUCAUGGGCGGCAUAGCACACAAGGCAGAAGUAUACCCACCAGGGUUUUGCCAAGCGGUCAUGAAGGGCAUCAUGAAUCAGAUGCAGAAAGACGGCGGAUGGUUUCUAAGGAAGUCGAACAGCCAAGAAACACAUGAGGUCUAUGUGGAAGAAGAUGAAGAAGACGAAGAUGAAAUCCCCGAUCAAGACCCACAGGAGGUAGAAGCCAUAGGGGAAGAAGAAGGUGACAAGGAAAGCAGCUCCACUAUAAGCUCUGAAGAAAGGAGGGCACUGGACAAGCUGCACAGAGGAUUAGGACAUCCUCCUCUCAAUGAACUGAUCAGGUUUAUGAAGUCGGCAAGGAUCAAAGGAGAGGUGGUCCGUUGGGCAGCUCAAAACUACAGAUGUCAGGUGUGCGAAAGCAGGCCGAAACCGAAAGCGGUAAGGGUCGGAAGCAUACCAAGAACAUACCAGCCCAACAAGGUCCUAGGAAUUGACCUAAUCUACAUUCCUCAGGUUGGAGGAAAGAAACUGCAGCCAGCUUUGUCAAUGUUGGACUGGGGCACCAAUUACCAGAUGGUCGAACUGUUGCCCGACAAAGAGCCGGACACGGUCUGGGAAGCCAUGUGGUCCAGCUGGAUCCGCACCUUCGGCACACCGGAAGUCAUAGUCUGUGAUCCAGGAAGGGAGUUCCUAUCCGGCUUCAACAAGAAGGCAACAGGUCAUGGCAUGGUGGUUUUCCAGACAGGGGCCAGGGCCCCAUGGCAGAACGGCAAGACAGAAAGGCAUGGUGACCACUACAAGGAACUUCUUGAGAAGGCCAGAAGUGAGGUGGUCCUGACCUGUGAGAAGGAACUCCGGCUUCUCAUGCAAGAAGUAGAACAGGUAAAGAACAGGUACUCAAACAGAUCAGGGUUUUCACCUGUGCAGAGGCAGAUAGGUCAAUGGCCGAGAAGUCCGGCCGAACUGAUGUCGGAUGAAGCAAUUGAUCCGAUGUUGGUGUCAGGAGCUUUGGUCGAUGACAUAGAAAGGCUGCAUGAGAUGCGAAGGAUAGCACAGAAGUCCUUCAUAGAACACAACGCAAGAAGAACAGUGCAACAAGUGCAGAGAGCACGAAGCAAGGUGACAGUGGAGUACAAGGCAGGAGACUAUGUGUACGUCUACAGGGUCCACCGACAAAGGAAGAGAAAGGAUGGCGGAGAACAAAGCUUUGACCAACCACGCAACAAGCCAAGAUGGGUUGGUCCCGCCACGGUGGUGACCGUAGACGGAGCCAAUCUCUGGGUCACGGUUUGGGGUGAGCUAUGGAAGGUAGCUCGAGAGCAAUGUCGUCCAGCCACGAACCUGGAAAAGGAAGGAAUCGAGCUGGUACUGAGUGAAUGCAAGGAGAUAAUAGAAGAGUACCGAAAGAGCUCGAAAAGGACAGGGUACAAAGACCUGACUGAACAGCCAUGGCCAGAUGAAGAAGAACAUGAAGAAGCAGCACCACAGGAAGAAGAUAGCAGAGCCCACGUCAGGUUUGAUCUGGGUCAAGAGGAUGAUGAGCCAUACGAACCAAGCAUAGCAUCAAACAGCCCAGCAGAGCGGGAUAUCAGGAGGAUAUCAGUACAGACAAUUGAGGAGCCCGAAAGGGAAAACACCGGAGGAGGAGCCAGCAUUGAGGAGCCAGGACAGGAAAGCAUAAGCAGCAGCAGCCAAGCACCAUCCCUUCGAGACGACAGCAUCGUCGUCGCAAGCCACCAGCCCACAGCAGAGCAAAUGACAGACCCAGCAUUUGAGGAGAAUGUCAGAAGAUCGGUUGAGAUGAGCAACCGAUUAGAUGGCUUGCCAAGCACGAGCCCCAUCAGGGGAUGGAGGAUGAGGAGAGAAGGCAGCAACCCAUACCAUUGGGAAAUGUUCCUGGCAGCGGAAGAAGAUGCAGAAGAGGAAGAGCUGGAGCAGGCCAGAGCAAGAUGGCAAACAUUGGCUAGUCAGGCACAAGUGAAGAAGAAGGGCAGUGGGGACUAUUGGCAGGUGGACCUCCGAAAAGGGCAGCUGACAAGACAUCAUCUGAAGAAGAGGAAGACACUCUUCCAGCCAGAGGAAGAAUGUCCAGUCGAUCUGGACCAACUUAGCUGUCGGAGGAAGACCGAAGUGAAAUAUCAGGACAACCUUCCCGAUGAGGAGAUUGAAGAUGAGUGGGCGAGAGAGCCAAGGAAGCGGGAAAACAAGAAGAAGUCCUGGUGGAAGGGAAAGACGACCUUCUUUCUUAGCCAACAAGUCCCAGAAGCCGAGCUGCAAGCACUCGAAACGCUCAUGGCUGAGCGUAAAAGGUCCGAUGAAGUGGACAUGAAGAAGGAGAGUGCAGAAGACCUGAAGGAAUGGAAGCAGUUCGACAAGGCAGAGUGGAACAAGAUCAUUGAAAGUGGAGCAGUGAAGCUCCUAUCGGUGGAGGAAUCCAGGAAGGUCAAGCAGCAGCUGGCACAGGAAGGGAGGUCAAGCAGAAUCCUUCCAACAAAGAUAGCUCGGCGCUACAAGCCUUCAGAACAACCAGGAGUUCCAGCCAGCAAGAAGAGCAGGCUGUGUUUGAGAGGAGAUCUGGACCCUGACAUCAUGGGGUUGGAGAAAUUUUCUCCUACGGUGACAACCAUGAACCUAGCAGUGAUGAUGCAGAUUGCAGCAAACGCUGGAAUGAGCGGUGCAAUAGGGGACUUCAAGAAUGCCUUUUGUCAGAGCCAACCCUUGGAGAGAAAAGAAGGUCCUCUGUACUUCAGGCAGCCGCCUGAGGGCAUCGAAGGAGUGGAUCCGGAAUGCAUAGCUGUAAUCAUAGCUGGUUGCUAUGGACUGGUGGACGCACCACUGCACUGGAGGAAGUCGCUCACGGAUUUCUUGAAGACCCUCAACUAUCAGCAGAGCAAGUUAGACCCAUGCAUAUACAAGAUAUACAAAGGAAACCAGAUAGAAGGCAUGAUAGCUAUAGAGGUGGAUGACUUGUUCAUGGUAGGAGGCGAGAUGCACAGCGAGCAAAUGGCAAAACUCAGAGACAGAUUUACCUUUGGAAAAUGGGUGGAUCUCAAGAGCACACCAGAAGGCGCAAUGUUUAAUGGCAGGCGGUUGCGACAGACAGCAGAAGGCGAGUUUCAGAUUGACAUGCAGAAGUUUAUAGAGGAGAGGUUGCAAGAGGUCAGGUUGGAGAAGGGUAGGGCGACACAAAAGAAAAGCGAAGCAAAUGACACAGAGAAGUCGCUCAUGCGAGCGGCGUGCGGAUCGCUCAACUGGCUUUCGAAAGAGGGUCGGCCAGAUUUGUCUGGGCCGGCAAGCUUGCUGUCAUCCAAACUUGCGACAGCAAAAGUAGAAGAUGUCAUGGCGCUGAACGAUGUGAUCAGAAGCGUGAAAAAGGUCCCAGAGUUAUGCAUACGAAUUCAGCCAUUGGUGAAUAUGAAAUUUGGAGUGGUCAGCGAUGCUUCUUUUGGCAAUGACGGCAUGCACUCUCAAAGUGGUCAGAUCAUUUUGAGUUAUGAGGACGGUUUGCAACAAAACAAAAGAGUGAGAACGAACGUGCUUUGCUGGAGGAGUGGAAAAAUACAAAGGGUAGUAAAUAGCACACUUGCUGCAGAGACCCAGAGUCUUUCGCGUGGACUAGGAGAUCUUCUUUGGACAAUGGUCCUCUUUGAAGAGCUGAGGUGCCAAGACUUUGAGCUGCGGAUGUGGCCGCAGAAGCUGAGCGCGAGCAAAGUGGUGGCAAUGGCCUCUCGUUCCACGUCUGAAGAACUGAAGGGCAGCUUAGCUAUUGUAGAUGCCAAAAGUUUGUACGAUCAGCUUUGCAAAGAGACGGUACCUCUAGUGGCUGGUUUGGGGUUUCGUGUCCGGCGCAUUGCACUCUUUCCAUUCCUGUCCUACUCUUCGUCUUCACCUCUGGAUUUGGACUUGGUGCAAGUGCUGUCCUGGCAUUCAUCUACCUUCGUUUCCACUCUACCCCUGCUCCUGUCCAUCCUCGACCUGCUGAGCCACUUCUUCAACCUGCAUCGGAUGGCGGCCUAUUUGCAUGAGAGCGGUUGGCCACCUCAUCUCCACCGUCCGCUGGCUGCUGAUUCUCUUGAGUCAGCCUUGGAUCACAUCCAAGACGGUGAGAUUGAGGAGGUAAGAUCUAGUGGGGGAGGACGAGCCGGAGGUUCUGGGUCAGCUAGCAGCCGGCAUUCUGAUACGGUGUGGACAGAGGCUGGAUUGUGGGCAAGGGCCACAUUGGACGGCCGCGUUGCCAAGCCGCGCCCAACACCCAAGAUUGCCUUGCGCCCUGUGGUUUACAUCAUCGUGCGUGGCCCUGGCAUUGAUCAGCCCAUCAGGUGCAGCUCUGCCGCUGACUACUACCAGGCCUUGCCCAAGUUCACUCCCGACAGCAUCUCGCACAGCUUCCCAUCGCUGGCUGAGGUUUCUGUCUACUGUGAAGCACUUGGAAUUCCCCUCCCAGAAGAGCGAUGCCACCCACGUCUACCAUCACGUCAGACCAGGGGAUCCUGUUUCAAUGUCCUCACCCCUCCUCUUGGACUUGCCAAAGUUUCAGACUUCCAGCUGUACUAG